CCUCUGCAGGUGGAAGAAUCCAAGGCCUUUAUCCUCUGUCCAGCUUUGCUUUGGGGUAGCCUCCGGUUUCAGGCGUCUCAUCAUUCCCGCCUGCCAACCUGUCUGAUAUGUCGGGACCCGUGCCGAGCAGGGCCAGAGUUUACACGGAUGUGAACACACACAGACCCCGGGAGUACUGGGACUAUGAGUCGCACGUUGUUGAGUGGGGAAAUCAAGAUGACUACCAGCUAGUUCGAAAAUUAGGCCGAGGCAAAUACAGUGAAGUAUUUGAAGCCAUCAACAUUACAAAUAAUGAAAAAGUAGUUGUUAAAAUUCUCAAGCCUGUUAAAAAGAAGAAAAUCAAGCGUGAAAUCAAGAUCUUAGAGAAUUUGCGAGGCGGUCCCAAUAUAAUCACUCUUGCAGAUAUAGUAAAAGAUCCUGUGUCUCGGACACCCGCUUUGGUUUUUGAACAUGUAAACAACACAGACUUUAAGCAAUUAUACCAGACAUUAACAGAUUAUGAUAUUCGAUUCUACAUGUAUGAGAUUUUGAAGGCUCUAGAUUACUGCCAUAGCAUGGGAAUCAUGCACAGAGAUGUCAAACCGCACAACGUGAUGAUUGACCACGAGCACAGAAAGCUUAGACUAAUAGACUGGGGUUUGGCUGAAUUCUAUCACCCCGGCCAAGAGUACAAUGUCAGAGUGGCUUCCAGAUAUUUCAAAGGACCUGAACUCCUUGUAGAUUAUCAGAUGUAUGAUUACAGUCUGGAUAUGUGGAGCUUGGGUUGCAUGUUGGCUAGUAUGAUAUUCCGAAAGGAGCCAUUUUUCCAUGGCCAUGACAACUAUGAUCAGCUGGUGAGGAUAGCCAAAGUGCUGGGCACGGAAGAUCUCUAUGACUAUAUUGACAAAUACAACAUUGAACUGGAUCCACGUUUCAAUGACAUCUUGGGCAGACACUCCCGCAAGCGAUGGGAGCGCUUUGUCCACAGUGAGAACCAACAUCUGGUGAGUCCAGAAGCUCUGGAUUUCUUAGACAAGCUGUUGCGAUACGAUCACCAGUCACGACUCACAGCGAGAGAAGCCAUGGAACACCCCUAUUUCUAUCCCAUUGUGAAAGACCAAGCUCGGAUGGGCUCCUCCAACAUGCCGGGUGGCAGCACUCCUGUCAGCAGUGCGAGUAUGAUGUCAGGGAUUUCUUCAGUGCCAACACCUUCACCCCUUGGACCUCUAGCAGGCUCACCCGUCAUUUCUGCCACCACCACCCUGGGGAUGCCUGUUCCGGCUGCUGCAGGCGCUCAGCAGUAGUGAUGGGCUCUGUCUCCUGCUGCCUGAGCUGUCAGGUGGGGAAGAGGUUUCCCCCUCCACCUCUCCUCAGGACGCAGCUCGUGCCUGGCAGGGGAAGGGAGGGGAUGAACGCUUUGGAGGCACCGUGUCUGAACUGUUGCUUGUGGAUUUAUAGUAGUUCAGUCAUUAUAUACAAAAUUAUUAUAGGCUGA